AUGCAUCUGGAGAUCAAAGUUGCUCUUAACUUCAUCAUCUCAUACCUGUAUAACAAGCUUCCUCGGAGGCGGGCAGACCUGUUUGGUGAGGAGCUAGAGCGCCUGCUGAAGAAGAAAUAUGAGGGUCACUGGUACCCAGAGAAGCCUCUGAAGGGAUCUGGCUAUCGCUGCAUUCAUAUUGGGGAGACGGUGGAUCCAGUGGUGGAGUUGGCGGCCAAGCGGAGCGGGCUGGCUGUGGAGGAUGUACGUGCCAAUGUGCCGGAAGAGCUGAGUGUCUGGAUCGAUCCUUUUGAAGUUUCCUACCAGAUAGGUGAGAAGGGCUCUGUUAAGGUCCUUUACCUGGAUGACAGUGAGGGCUGCAGUGCCAUGGAGCUGGACAAGGAAAUCAAGAGCAGCUUCAACCCCGAAGCCCAGGUAUUUGUCCCCAUCGGCAGCCAGGACAACUCGCUGUCCAACUCUCCGUCCCCCUCCUUCGGCCAGUCGCCCAGCCCCACCUUCAUACCUCGCUCUGCCCAGCCCAUCACUUUCACCACUGCCACCUUUGCUGCCAGCAGCCUCUUCUUCGAUGGUGUUGCGAGUGAGAGCCAGGCCAGCAGCAUCCCGCCGGCAUCGCAGUUCAACACUGGCACGGGUGGUACCUUUGAUAUGGCUCAGGUCUUCGGUGGCAGCACCAACAACCUCUUCUUGGAGAAGUCUCCCUUCGUGGAAGGACUCAGCUACAACCUGAAUGCCAUGCAGUAUCCCAGCCAGUCAUUCCAGCCUGUUGUCUUGGCCAACUGA